AUGUGCGUGCUAGUUCAUGCAGCAGUCUUAUCGAGGAGUUGCAUGCAGAAUCAUCCUCUGAAACAUCACCGCGUACCACUCGGGCUCGUCCUCGGAGCUGGUGAGCCUUCCCCCCGCAUGGAACAGCCUAGCGAGUCGGUGGUCCGCCACGGCUGUGCCGGGUGUAAGAAGAAGAUAAAAGACCGCUACCUGCUCAAAGCGUUGGAUCAGUUCUGGCACGAGGACUGUCUGAAAUGCGCGUGCUGCGAAUGUCGGCUGGGAGAAGUCGGCUCCACUCUCUUCACCAAAGCGAACCUUAUACUCUGCAGACGAGACUAUCUCAGACUGUUUGGAACGACGGGAUCUUGCGCGGUUUGUUCCAAGAUUAUUCCCGCCUUCGAGAUCGUGAUGAGAGCAGGAAACAACGUCUAUCAUCUGGACUGUUUCGCCUGUCAGCGUUGUAAUCACAGAUUCUGUGUCGGGGACAAGUUUUUCCUGUGUGAGAACACGAUUCUGUGUCAGUUGGACUAUCAGGACGGACCGUUACCCCUAGCGGAGCCUGUACAGACCGGGCCUCGGCACUCCUCCCCGUCUGCUACACCGUACAGCAGCCCAGUCUGA